ACACACACAUAUAUAUAUGUAUAUAUGUGUUUGUAUGUAUAAAAAUAUACAUGUGUAUAGACACAUAUAAGCCGCAAGUAACUAACAAUUGACAUUGUGGUCCACCUGUUUGUUUAUGACAGCGGCAAAAACUUAAGAGCACAAAAAAAUACAAUUGUUAACAAAUUGCGUAUGCAUGUGUCACGCAUUUGUUGCCGCCGUUGAUAAUAACAAUAGAGAGCUUAUGUACAUGCAUGUACAUAACCCUAGGCGCAGUUCAAAUAAAAAGCCAAUCAACCCAAAAAAACGUUGCUGGUCGCGUGUCUUAUUUACAUCAACUUAUUUAUGGCUUCAAAUGCGCAGCUCGGUAAAAUCAUUUUGUUAAUCGCAAUUGCCGUUUUUUUCUACUACUUCUUCUGGGUGGCAAUACUGCCAUUUAUGAUACUCGAUGAAGGUAAUGCCAUAUUGUCGCUGUUUCCGCCGCUAAAAUACGCGUUCAUUGUGCCCACCGUAUUUGGGGUCAUCUGCCUGGGCGGCAUUGCCGUAUUCAGUUUCUAUCACAUUUGGAGCAUUACGCGGCAAUCGAAGCGAAAUUGAAGAUUGUGCC